AUGAUAGUUGAUUUUAAUCAACUGCUUGUGACAGUAUCUGAUGCAAUCGGCGUGAAAGGUGAAAAGUAUGUAGACAUGUUGAGGGUUCUGUACAAAGAUCUUGCAGAGAUAAAAACAGAAUUGGAGGAAGCUAAAUCUGCAUUUGAUUUAUUCCAAAUACUAAGAGUCGCUGAUGUUUUGAAAGCAACAGACAUUUCAAUUUUAUUUGAAACAAUUGAAGUAACUGGAUUAAAGUAUUUGAAGGAGAUAAUUAAGACGUAUGACACAUAUCCAGAUGAAGUGAAGAUAACUCGAUUUUCAGCACAUCGUCAACAGGUUGUUGCUCUGGGAAAAGACUUCUCUACCACAGAUAUUCAAAGGAUUGGUUGGAAGUAUGAAGUUCCAGAUGACUUCUGUUCUAAUCCAUGGAAAUUAAUCACAUUUCUUGAAAGUAAUGGUAUCAUUUCCAAAGAUAACUUGUCAUCGUUUCUCAUGAAUUUGAAAAGAGUUGACAAGUCAGGACAAUCAGAACAGCCACAAAAGUCAAGGGCAGAUGAAGAUGAAAAUUCUGGAUUUGUAUCAGAAAAUGGUAUUGAAGUCAUUGAACUGAAUGAUGUAAGGUAG